CCUCUCAGCUACUCUACUGAAAACAUGGCAACCAAGCAGGCUGUGCUCCUUAUUUCGUCGUACGGCGGCAAUCUGGCCCAGGAGAAGAACACCAAGAAGGUCGUCGACUGGUGCGAGAUCAAGAAGGUCAAGGUCGAGAUGGUCGAUGGCGCCGACGCCGACAACCGCGAUCUGCGCAACACACUGUGGGGUAUCUCUGGCUCGCGCGGCUACCCGCAGAUGUUCAUCAAGACUGGCGACGACUACGCCUUUGUCGGCGACUACGACGGUCUCGAGGGUCUCAUCGAGACCGAGACGUGGGACGCUGCUUUUGACGGUGUCGAGUCGACCGAGGCCUGAGCGGUAGUGCAUGUUCGGACGGUGGAGCCAGGAGCGCAAGUAAAAAAACCGUGCUGACAAA